AACAAAAAGAAGAAUAUAAAAAAGAGGAUAUGAAUUUCAACAGAAUAAAAAAUUGAAAAUUGAAAAUGGGUGUGAAGAAUUUGACAAGUGCAGCGGAACUCAAAGGCGUCUGUCUUUACUGUAAUCAAUUCCGAGGGCAAAAGAAUGAAUAAAAUAAAAGAGGUAAAAGGGAUGGCAGGAGUCGAAACAACAUCAAGGAAUUGCUGCGUGAACACUAAUCUGGAAAGUUCGCUUGGUGAUUGAAGAGCGUCUCGAGCAAGAAGGUGAUUUCCCUGUAACAAUGAAGGGCGGUUUCCUGUAGAAUAGCAAUUAUCCGGUUGAUUUCCUCCAGAGCUUCUAACACUGUCUGAGCUUCUGCUUGAAGAACAGAGGAAACAAAAGUGCAGAGAUAAAAUUUAUGUCGAUCUGCAUCGCGGAGUAUAGCAUCAGUACUAAGACGCAGAGAGUGAGGGACCAGAUAUGGACGCUAGGAAUCUCUCCAAAUCGAAGAAGCAACUGGUGAAGGAGAACAAGAAGAAAGACGCCCCGGUGCAGCAGAGGGCGGUGGAUGACAUCUUCCCAAAGGUGGGAACUGUCGACUGGGCCAAGGAGGCAGUGCCCGUGGUGAAGGCUGCUGCCGGCGAAGACGCCAGCUCUGAUGCCGGAGGCUCUCCCAUUGGGGAGCUAAAGAGGAAAAGAGCCGGGAAGGGCGUGGUGAGCCCGGAGGAGAAGAAGCAAAAGAAGGGGUUCGUCGGGAUGAAAUAGGAUCCCGUUGUCAUUGUUGAUAAACAACCCUCCGAGCCCUCGGCUCCGAUUGCUGGUGUGCCGUGGCCUCAAGACCAUGUGCAGUUCUCAAUCACUAAGGGGACUGCUGUCAUGCAUGGCACCUUGAAUCCGAAGGAGUUCCUGAGGGGUGUCACUCCCCCGACAGAUAAGUCAGUGCUCUCCCGGCAUGCUGAUGACGCCCUUUGCUCAAAGGUCCUUCAGGCCUCGAUUAUUGUAAGAUCCCUUUCCCUUCUUCCCUUUAGUCAAUUCAAACUCAACAUAUUUGUGCGUAGUGACUUUAACCUUCGAUGUUUCCUGAUCCCCCUUACAGGCAAGCCUUGGCCUUGGUGAGCUCAUCCAGAGGAUGGAGCGCUAUGCCCUUCAGAAACAGAAGGAUGACGAAGCCUUGGUUGUGGCCUGAAGGAGGCUUUGGGAUGCCGAGGAAGAUUUCGAAGUCGAGAGGGCGGCCCUCAAUAAAAUUCUUGAUAACUCCAAGACAGUGGCCAAGGCCGAGGGGAGAGCUGAGGCUGAGAAGGUAGCUGCUGAGGCCGCUAAGAAGACCGCUAAAGAUGCCGAGGCCGCCAAGAGGGAGGCGGUGAGUCAUGCCGAGAGGGAAGCGGUGGCCGCCUUUGUCGUCGAGGGGUGGAAAACCGAGACCCAGAAGGAGUGGGUGGCUUCGGUAGUUGAGACCUCGGUAGACGAAUGGCUCGAGGCCCCGGGGCGAUGUGGCUAGCCCGGAAGGGGAAGGAGUACUACGAUGGGGGCAAGUACUUUACUCAGGCCCUCAUCUAUCGAAGGCUAGCCAUGCACUUGGGAAUGGACCCGACAACAUUUGAUCCGGCGGCUUAUGAGCUCCCCCCUCUCCAGCCAGACACCCAAAUUCCCCUUCCCGAGGGUGCUAAGAGGCCACAUCUCGAGGACACCGUCUUGAUGGCAGAGUGCAACGAUGAAGAGGAAGAGGCCGGGGAUGAUGUCACCUCGAAGCCAGCAGAAGCGGAUGCCUCCGGAGCAAACAACCCUUGAUUUGUACUUACAAAUAUUUUGUAACAAACAUUCGUAUGCUUCCGGCUUCUGUCAUGAUUGUAAACAAACACCUCAUGUGGUUUUCUCUUUUGUAAUUGUAUGCCGUUUGACUUUAUUCCUUUCCAUCCUUCUGAUGAAUGAAUGCGUUCCUU